AUGCAAAAUAUGCAGAGCUGGGGGCGCGAGGACAGGACUUGGGAACCGCUGGACUACAUCGUGUCAUUCACCGGCAUAGCAUUUAGGACUGCUAUCUCUGACCUCUGUUGUUGUUCAGGUGUGAUCUACCUGAAGAACAUGGUGACACAGCACUGGAGUGAAGGAGAUAAUGCAAACACUGAAGGGUCUACCAGUAACAUCCCAGAAGAGGACAGGCAGUUCAUUCGAGACCACAUAGUGGAGGCCAUCAUCCAAUCCCCAGAGCGCCUCAGAGUGCAACUCACAACUUGCAUUCACCACAUGAUCAAGCAUGACUACCCCGCUAGAUGGACGGCUGUUGUGGACAAGAUCGGUUUUUACCUGCAAUCUGAUAACAGUGGCUGCUGGCUGGGCAUCCUGCUGUGCCUCUACCAGCUGGUCAAGAAUUACGAGUAUAAGAAGCCUGAGGAGCGCCAGCCAUUGGUCGCUGCAAUGCAGAUCUUUAUGCCCAUGUUGAAGGACCGAUUUAUACAGCUGCUGCCGGACCCCUCCAACGACUCUGUCCUUGUGCAGAAACAGAUCUUCAAGAUCCUUUACGCUCUCGUCCAGUACAACCUCCCUCUGGAACUGAUCAAUCGCCAGAAUCUGACCGAGUGGAUGGAGAUUCUGAAGACUGUCGUGGACAGAGAUGUUCCUCCAGAGACGCUUCAGGUGGAUGAAGACGAGAGGCCUGAGCUGCCCUGGUGGAAAUGCAAGAAGUGGGCGCUUCACAUUCUCGCCCGGCUCUUCGAAAGGUAUGGCAGCCCUGGCAACACAACCAAAGAGUACACAGAGUUUGCAGAGCUUUUCCUCAAGGGUUAUGCCGUGGCUGCACAGCAGGUACUGUUGAAGGUGUUGUAUCAGUAUAGGGAAAAGCAAUACGUGGCUCCCAGAGUCUUGCAGCAGACAUUGAAUUACAUCAACCAGGGAAUUGCACACGCCGUUACCUGGAAGAACCUAAAGCCACACAUCCAAGGAAUCAUUCAGGACGUGGUGUUCCCCCUCAUGUGCUACACAGACAGCGAUGAAGAGCUCUGGCAGGAAGACCCUUACGAGUACAUCCGCAUGAAAUUUGAUGUUUUUGAAGACUUCAUCUCCCCCACCACUGCAGCUCAGACGCUUCUCUUCACUGCAUGCAACAAAAGGAAGGAGGUGCUGCAGAAGUCCAUGGGCUUCUGUUAUCAGAUACUAACAGACCCGGCCUGUGACCCCAGGAAAAAAGACGGUGCUCUUCAUAUGAUCGGCUCGCUGGCUGAGAUUCUUCUCAAGAGGAAGAUCUACAAAGACCAGAUGGAGUUCAUGUUGCAGAAUCAUGUCUUCCCUCUGUUCCGCAGUGAGCUGGGUUACAUGAGAGCCAGGGCCUGCUGGGUUCUUCAUUACUUCUGCGAGGUCAAGUUCAAGAUUGACCAGAACUUGCAGACAGCCCUCGAGCUCACCCGCCUGUGUCUGAUCAACGACAACGAGAUGCCUGUUAAAGUGGAGGCUGCCAUCGCCCUCCAGGUCCUCAUCAGCAAUCAGGAGAAAGCCAAAGAUUACAUCACCCCCCACAUCCGGCCCGUGAUGCAGGCCCUCCUCCAAAUUGUGCGUGAGACCGAGAAUGACGAUCUUACCAACGUCAUCCAGAAGAUGAUCUGCGAGUACAGUGAGGAGGUCACACCAAUCGCUGUAGAGAUGACCCAGCAUUUGGUAAUAGCCAUUUAAAUAUUCAUUUCACCCUAUAAAGCCUGACACAUGAAA